UUUUGUUUCAAACUUGGAAUCUUUCUAUGGAUAUUAUUUUAAUCGAUAUUUAAACAUAUAAUGUAAAAUAUGAAUCCAGUUGACACCUCUUCAGUUGAAGAUGAUCUCGUCCAAAACUGUGAAAAAAAGUUAGUUCUCAGAAGAUUCAAAAGACCGCUUUUAACUCUAAAUAAAAAAAUAAAUGAUAUUUAUUUAACAAGAGAUGUUCCUCUCUGUGUAUAUUAUAGAAGGUGUGUUAAACUACUAAGGUGGCAUCUUCCUCUAAUUUCUAAGAUUUUCACAUCUGAAUUUUUGCAAAAUAAUGGCAACAAUUUUAGUGUAACUGAAUUACUAAGUAAGAAUGAUGUUUUAGUCCCAACUGAUACAAAUGGUCAGCUGUAUUCCACUAGUGACCAAAAUACUUUACAGAAACUCUUAGAAAAUCCUAUGAUAAGGAUAUUUGGUACUGGAUUCUGUGUAAAGAAGGCAUUUUACCUCCUACAAGACCUUUACUGUCACAUUGCCACUAUGUAUAAAGCAUCUUUUACAAGAUUUUUAUAUAAAUCUGGAGUAUUAGAGUACUGUGAUAGCUGUAAAAAUGAAAUCAAUUCUGGUUUGAGAUUAUCGGAUUACCAAUUAACAAAGCUUUUUGACUGUGAAGCAUGUAUGCUACUCAAUAAACCAACGUUUGAGGAGCUUUUUAAAUCUGUAUUUGAAGUCGUUAUAUCAACGGAUUCCAUCUGUUGCUCAGACGACCUUUGGGUACUAGAUUCUGGUUCAAAUGACCCCAAAUUAUCGGUUGAACCAACUAAUAGGUACAUUUCAUCGGUGUCAAUUACGUUAAAGCCCCGUGAUUUUAAUCUUUAAUUUUUUCAAAAACUUGGGAAAUCUUAAAAUUAACUUCAAUAAAUGUAAAUUAAAACUCA